UUUCUCAAUAAGAAAGUCACGUACCAUUUUUCUUCACGGUACCCGGAGUACCGUGCUCCCACCACAACCGCUCAGAAAAAUAAGAAAGUACAAACAACGUUGCCUUGACUGGUUUUCAUUGUAAGGUAACAGCUUGUAGUAUGGUUUGGUUAGAUCACAAAUGUCCAAACAGUUAACAAUUAAGACUUGAAUUAUUUUAGACAAAAUGCUUCAAAUUUGAUCUUAUGAUGCAACAAAAUGUGGUGGCUAUUUUUAUUAAAUUAUGUUACGAUCGGGUCAUCAUUACGUCUCGCUGCAUAUAUAUCUUCUGGUGGGCUUCAUGGAGAAAUUCGAUUUGAAAAAGCCUCGGAAACAUCCGUAAAAAUUCGAUUUUCACUUCAAACGACUCUUCAGUAUCCAGACCAACAAUGGCUUUGGUCAGUUACUCAAUUUCCUGUUGACUAUACACGUAUAAACGAUAGAUGCAGUAGGCAAUAUGUUGGAGAAAGCGUUAUCGAUUUAACGGAACUUGUUGGACCAAUUGAUAUGCCCGGAAAUGAAACAGGAUCAGUGGAAAUUUCAGGCAUAAGUUUAACCGGAGAAAUGGGUUUAUGGGGGAAAGGUCUAAUACUUCAAGACACAUAUUCAUCUAGAACUAUUUGUGCCUCGAUAACGGUACUAGAAAAGAACGUAGAAAAAUUUGCGGAAGCACGUUUUCUCGAAAGUAUAGCGGGAAACGUAUGGUUUCGAUGGUUGGGUGGUCAUGGUGGUGAUAACACGAGCGAUACAAUAAUUUAUAUAAAUUUGUAUCAUGUUAAUAACAAAAUACAAUUACAAGGUACAAAAUACACAGAACAUCAUUGGAAGAUUUAUGUAACGGAUAUUUUUGAUAUCAGUAAAGACAAAUCAAAUUGCAACAUUUUACAAACCGUAUUUGAUCCUGAUAAUGCUGGUAAUAGUAAAGCAAUUGGUGACAUUGAUGAGCGUUUGGGCAAGAUAAAAAUAGCUGUAGAUCAUCAUAAUAGAUAUAAAACUGUAUAUAAAGAUUCAAAAUUGUCUCUAUUACCUUCUACUGAUUUGCUUGGGCCUCAUCGUCAAUUAUAUUUAGUCAUAUUUCACCCAAAACAUGACGAUUCCAUUUUACUGUGCAGUAAAAUUAAUCAUAGAAAACCUAUCUUUGCCAAAACUUUAAUUAAUGCCCAUGGUAUUAAAGGAGAAGUAUCCUUAACUCAAGUAACUCCAUUUGAUCCAACAUGGGUUAAUGUAUCAUUAACACCAAUUAAUGAUUUAGAAACACGAUUGCGCUAUGCUACUAAAAUAAAAUCAUAUAAUAUUCAUGAACUACCUCCAGAUCCAAUGAAAGUUUCAAAUAAUUCUACCGAAAUAUGUGAAACAACUAAAAAAAUAUAUAAUCCAAGCAAUAUUAAUAUAACUGAUGUACCACCAGCAGGAUUUGGAACUCAAGAUCAAUAUGCUAUUGGCGACCUUUCUGGAAAACUCCAAGGUCGUAAGGAAGGAUCGUAUCAUUAUGAUAUCUUACCAGGGAGUGCAAAACUUAGUGGAAUAUAUUGGGAUACAUAUCUUCCACUUUCAGGAAUGUAUAGUGUAAUUCACAGAAGCCUUGUCCUUCACAAGUAUAAUGAAACUGAUAAUAAGAGUAUCAUACCAUGGAUUUGUGGCACUUUGAAUCUUUAUUUGCCAGACAAUAUUGAACAAAUGCAAAUGAUGACUGCACAAGUAAUAUAUAGAUAUCCUAUUGUUGGAAAAAUAAUUUUCCGCCAAUCCAAAAAUGAUCCCCAAAUGGAUACUACUAUUAUAAUUGAAAAUUUAGUUCAUGCAGAUGGUAAUGCUUUAAAUAAUUCAGAGCUACACAGAUGGAUGAUUCAUGAUAAUCCGCCAGGCAAAGAUUAUUAUAACUGGACAGGCAGAUGUUUAAGUACUGGUGAACCUUAUAAUCCCUACAAAGUAGAAUGGAAUUCAAGUUUCAAUGAAUAUUGUUCAAUGUCAGAAGUAUCAUUAUGUCGUGUUGGUGAUUUAACAAGACAUGGUACAAUCGAUAUUGCUGGAAGAAAGCUUUAUGGGACCUUACUAACUCGAAGACUCUUCACAGAUACAAUGUUACCUUUAUCAGGUCCCCAUAGCAUAUUGGGUAAAAGUUUAGUGAUAUAUGAUGACCAUGGACCUCGUUUAAGAGGAGAAAGACUAGCAUGUUCAAUAAUUAGUGAAACAUAUCGCCGCAAAGCGGUAGCAAGAGAUUGGUUUGGAAAUGGAGAAACUAUUUCAUUAAGAGGAAAAUUAGAAUUCUUACAACAAAAUGAAUAUGAUAUAACAAAUGUAGAACUAAAUCUUGAUGGCCUACAUGGAAAAAUGAGUGGAUAUCACGUACAUAUGACCCCAAUUGAACAAGAUUUAGAAUUUCCAUGUGAAAGUACAUCCUUAUAUGGACAUUGGAAUCCAUUUGAUGUCAAUGUAAAUAACAUACUAUCUCCAAGAGAAGGAACAACUGAUCAAUAUGAAAUGGGAGACCUCAGUGGAAAGUUUGGUACUUUAGAAAACCGAAAAAGAUACGUAAAAACUUUCAAUGAUACAAUGCUUCCUUUAUUUGGACCAACAAGUAUACUAGGUCGAAGCAUAGUGAUUCAUAAAAAAGAAAAAAAUUUAAGAUGGGCUUGUUCAACUAUAGAAAGAGGAUAUUCACCAUCCGAAGCUAUAGAAUUAAGAGCAAUUGCGUCUUUUCAUCAUCCACAAGGUUUUGCAUAUGGCUACAUAAGAAUGACACAACUUAUUCAUCAAGAUGGUACACAAAGUGAAACAAUAAUUGAAACAAAAUUACGACAUCCUGGUAAACAUAAUCGCAAUAUUACCAAAAACCACAAUUGGGCAAUAUAUGUAAAUCCUGUCGGAGUAGAUGCAGCUGUUCAUGUUAAAGAUACUAGAUGUGUAGCUGGCGGAUAUAUAUGGAAUCCUUAUUUUACACAACUAGCUGAUCCUUUAAAUGAUGAUUUAUACAAACAAGAAUGUGGUCCUGACUUACCACUUAGAUGUUAUGUAGGAGAUAUAUCAGGCCGAUUAGGUCCUAUUGAUAUAGGAUUGCAAAGACAAGUUUUUACAGAUUCAAAUUUCCCAUUAGGAGGACCAAUAUCUGCAAUGGGAAGAUCUAUUGUUAUUUUUGACACAAAUUUUGGAACCAAUAGAUUUGCAUGUGCCAACAUUGAACCGGAUAAUGAUAUUGUAAAAUAUACAAACAUAAGGAAACCACCUCGUUUUGUAGUGGCACAAUUUUUAGAGGAUGUACGAAAAAUUAUGGGUAUCCCAGAUUGGAUGCUAUCCAUAGAUAUUAGAAAAACAAAAAUUUUACACAAUGGAGCCUGCAUUCAGUUUUUAAUACAUUUUAAGGGUCCAAUUGCUAACAUCUUAGAACAAGAUUUCAACAAACUUAUAUCAACUGGACGAUUAGAUACGCCUAGUUUGUACAUUCCAGGAUACGUCUCUAAAAAACGAAAAACAACUUUAGAUUACCGCCAAUGUGGGAGUCAGGAUCCAAAUGAUAAAAAUUUCAAAUUUUUUCUACAAAAUAGAUCUUCACAACUAUGUCCAAAACUUAUAUUAAUUGUUAUUUUAUGUAUUAUUAUCAAAUUAUUGUAACAUAAAAUUACUAAAUUAAUAUAAACUAAGUUUAAAUAGACAAUAAA